GUCAAAUAGGACGGAACCCGUCGGCCUUCAACUAUUACUUCUAAGAUGCAACUUCUCCUGUAAAAAUAAUUGGCGAACAAGAACAACAUGAUAACAUCUACAUCACGAUAAAAGAAGGAGAAGACUCGUAAGACGAUCACGAUGUUGAAUACAACGAGCAACACAAAUCUUCGUGUCGUUGACGCGACUAAAAGGGACGAUCCCGGAUCGCGGAAAAACUCGUACCCUUUAGGCAUCAAGGAAGAGGAUCCAAGAGGUGAUUAUGGUGGAGAGCGAGAAGAUGCACAACUACGAGAUCCUCAUGUUCAUGCGACAGUCGUAGCACCAGUGCUAGGGAUGUUGCGUCAAGUACAAGAAGACAAGAGCGUUCUUCGUGCGCCUGCAGCUCAGGCAAGACAACAUCAACACCUAAAGAAUGAACAGGAAGACUCAGUCCAGCAACAUUUGUUCGACAAUGCUACUGCUGAGAAAGGAGCUAUGAAGAUUAAUGACACAGUAGUUGCAGGUAGUACUAGCAGAUCUCGCUCUUCGUCACUCCUAGGAGCCUCAAGAAAUUGGAAUUUUACAGCCAUUGACUUCGCGAAGAGACCUAUUUGGACACCGACAUCGUCAUCUGGUAUGCCCUCUUCAAUAAAUGGCAGCGAUAUCAAGGCGACAACAGUGGAUGGAAAGACGCCAGCAGCUAGUUUGAAAAAAUCACCCGUGGCACAGGAGACGAGAACCUCGCAACUUCCGAUUCCCUCUACUCUCAAAAGGUCGAUGGGUAAGAACACUACAGUACCAGUAAGGAAUUCUUCCCCGGGUUCUUCUUCGAUGAAGCACGUUGUUCUUGCUGGAAGUAAUGGUAAGGCGAGUAUUAAAAGUACAGCAGGAGGUACAGGAGCUUCUUCUGCGGCUAGUGGGCGUUCUGGAGGUACAACGAUGAUCUCGCGAGCCGGCGUCGUGCCUGCUGCUUUCGCACCACCACGACGUUCGUUGUCAACCGGGCGCCUUGGUGGUGUAGUACGUGGUGCUAACCGUGCCGUUCAAAACAGUCCUGCAACGACCGUUGUGCACGCGUCAAAUGCAAACACCACCACGACGAGCACAACAACGUUGUUGAACAGCACUAAUACUAAACCGUUUAUAUAUCGCGGAAGCUUGAAAAUGAACGGUUGUAGUACUACAGGAGGUCCAGCUGCUGCUAGUACUCAAGCACAAAAUCCUCCUCGCGCGACUACUCCAGGAAUAACAAGAGCACCCGCACAAGCUGCAACCCAACAAACUGGUGGUCGUUUCCAGCUCCUGCGCACUGCCGUCAAUUUGAGUCGAUCGUGCACUCCAAUGGCGAUGACAGGAACAACUUCUAGGCUCAGCAACAUUCAAGAGCAGGAGAUGAACAAAACUUACGCUAACUACAGGACGGCUGCGAGUGUCAUGGCUUUGGGCGCUGGACCUGGAAGUUCUUCUUUUCGCAGCACUAGCAAUAGAGGAGGUCCAGGACAUCACCACCUUGUAGCGCAUCAUGAUAAACUUCCGCAGAACUUGCACGAGCCACGUAGUAAACGGCCAAGUCCCAUGUCACCACCUAUGCAUGUGAUGACGCCUGGGUCUCCACCAACAGGAACACACUGCUCGUCAACCACGUCAGCCGCGCAGAAGAUCUUACAAGCAACCAGGGACGUUCUGAACAACAGUGCGAAAAAAGACAAGCCCUCUAGCAAAGGUGGACAACAUGCUGGUCUGGGAAUUCCAGAAGAUGACCUGCUUCAACAACAGGUAGAAGCUCUUGCUCAGGAGAAUGCCGCAACGAGUUCAUCCCACGGUCUUCUUCUUGGCAACUCAGCAUCUCCUAGUAGCGCAUCCGCAAAAAAUCCAUCUGGUGUGGUUAGUACAGCAUCCACAUUAUUACGUCGUAGACGAAGUCCGUUGCACCAGCAGGAGCAACUGCACACUCCUGUGCUCCAGAGCUCUGCCUCUUCCCGGACAUUGAUACCUGCAUCUACUGGGGGUAGUAAUCGGAAACCGAAGACUGCUGCAAGUAGGAGUUUUACUUUUUUCUACUCCAUGGUCCUCUCAUCUGUGCUACUCACACGACUUUGAUGUUGUAAGAUCAACAUAGAGCAACAAAAAUUUGUUUGCUGGGAAUCCACUAUGAUGAACAGAAACAGUCAUGACCUUCCUCCCUCAGGUGCAGGUUCUGAAGCUCCACCUGGAGCAUCAGCGACUUUCGCCGCCCAUAAAGCGACAACGACAGCCUCAAAAUCGAUCGGGGCAAGCAAAAAAAAGCAAGCUUCCACGUCUAGUACUGCAGGACCUGCGUCGAAGGUAAUAUCGAAAUCGGAACAGCACCAACGUCCGGCUACUAACAAAAGCAGAAGGAGCACGACCAGUCGGUCACCAACACCCAAUCUGGAUCGAUCAAAAUACGUUGUGACGAGAGCCGGUGCAAUUCACAAACCUCCUCAAACGAAAACAAUCAUCAUGGGCCAGAAAAACAAGCACUACGAUAGCCAACGACAUCACGACAGCACAUCACAACUCGAAGGCGUCCCGGAACAAGCUCAGGAUGAACAAAGCGAAACCACUGCUCAUGCUCUGGACGUUACUGAUCAUUUGUUGACAACGCCGCAACCGCAGGCUCAUGUUCAGGAGGGAGAAGGAGGAUCUUGGAAAUCGUAUCUAUAUCACGAGCUAGUUUCAUUAUAUAUAUUCAACAUCAUGUUUUAGUUUUCUUCGCAUUGCUGCAAGCACCAGCGCAAGGGGCGGCAACUAGCCCUUUUUUGUUGAGACACUAGGUCCUAAUCGUCCCAUCUUUUUCCUACGCGCACAAUAAUAACUUUUAUGUUGUCGACGUAACAUCAACAUCGUCUAGAAAUUCAACUGCAUCACAGAUUUCAAGAGGCUUUUGAGAGCAAGUUGGCAGCGGCACGAAAAGCAUCCAAAGAAACAGCGCAUCAAGAAGUUAUGGAGACGUAUGUGCCAGAUGAAACACGGAAACUACACAAUCUUCCGUAUUCAUGGACAGUACCAAGCUUUAUCGUUCCCCUUUAGUUCUAAUCGCUAGGCCCACGAAAUUAGCGUUGUCACCUCUCCAGCUGAGGCCGAUCAGUCCUUCAGUGGCCACGACUAUUUCGGAGCUCGCGCUCCUGCAGCGACCAAAGAAACAGCGACGACCAAGGACACGACCACAGGUCAUCAUCUGGGAGCAAGUUGUAGUGCUAUGGAGGUGGACGAAGUAGACAAUGAGGGUCACCAGCAAAAAGAAGAUCAUGUUCUUGCAGGGACUGGAAAUCCUGUUCAACAUGAUGACCUUUUUUGUGUUGAACCACAAAUCGUCGAAGAUGCUGUUGCUGAAGCACAAGAAGCGGAGCAAAAUUCUUACUCUACUUCAAGUGAAUCGAAGACCGCAGGUGGUGGCUGUUCACCUGUCUCUGCUAAGAUCGUUGGUCCUCUCGCUGAUGUCGAAAACAACGCAGUCGAAGCACUACUCGAUGAGCAUCUUCUACUUCAUGUUGAUAGAAGAACUCAGGAACAACAAGAGCAAGACAACUACAAAAAUCCACCUGUGGUGGAUGAAAAUGUUCUUGUAGAAACUACUCAUCAUCAUGUUGAAGAUCAAGAAGUGGGAGAACUACAAGACGAAGACAGAGUGAAAGCAGAAGAAGAAGAACUCCAAGAUGAUCGUCAACCAGUAGAAGAUGCUCUACCCGGAUGCUCUAUUCGGAGUGACUCGUCUGUGUCCUCCGCACAUGCGUUUUUUCAGAAUACUUACGAGCAAACAUUGGAUCUGCCUCGUCCCCAAGUUGUGUCUGCGCUGGAUCUCAGUAGAGCGAAGCCAGCGUCUGCAGUGUCUCCAGCAUGGUGUCCUGCGAACCUGGAUUUAGCUGGCAGUAGCCAAGCCACAGUGGCACCUAGGAUGCUAUGUCUAGUAGAGGUAGUCCCGCUUGAUGCGAAGGAGCUGAGCAAACGUCAAAUACAUGAUAGUCAGGAUUGCAGUUCGGCUUCAAGUAGCGAGGAUUCAUCAUCAUCUUCAAAAGAAGUUGAAGAAGGCGUAAACGGCGCGAGUCCUACUUCUUUAGAUGAAGUAUGGGAAUAUUCGUAGUUACCGGACUCACUUUAGAGCAUAAGAUAGUCUCACUUUGUGCCAUUUCGAAGGGAAAUGGCUGCCAUGGAUCUAGACCCACAAUGGGUUGUUGAUAGACCGCGCGACACCGUUGAAAGUGGGACCAUAGAUGGAAACGGCUUGGAAGUAAGCGAGUUUCGCUCGCCGCUAUGGUUAUGUCUAGAUAGGCUUCGCCUAGCGACACCAUUAGGAUUGACUUAUGUCUGCGCAUUGGUCAUGGAAGUCUUUGAGAGCGUUGCGGAGGAUAUCCGAUCCUACGCCAGACGUGGCCUGCAGUUGGAUGUAGCAGCCGCGCCUUGCGGGUGCGAAUCUGUUGGAAUGUCAGAAGACAGGACCUUGCUGCCGCAGCGAGUAUAGCAAGGACGCUUGCUCUGGUGCGUGAUGGAAGGCAGUAUCUGGGGUGGCAGUACAGGGAGCCUUACGGACUUGUCUGUCUGUUGACUGGCCAGGCUUCGAGUGCUCUUCGAGCACUAGCCUCAUGUGGGUUAGGUGUCUAGCGUUAGCACAAUGACACAGUAUCAUCCUUCCUUCGGUUGGAUCUUGGUAUAGUUUGCAUGAUGUGAUGCUUUUCAGGUGUUGCAUUAUGUGACCGGACAGCACAUUCACGAGGUGGGUGCUGACGCGGUGCUGCGAAGGAGGGGCAGCACCGACCUGGCCCGAGGUGUCCAACGGGUGCGUCCAUCCGCUGCGCGGGUGGGCGGAUGGAGGAUCUGCGAUCUCUCCUUGACUAUCUUGACUUCAAUGCACUACAUAACGAGAUCAUGGCAUUCGCCUGGUGUAAGUAGACUGUGCAGGAACUGGUGACAAGUCAGAUGCUUCUGGUGAUGGAGCUGCAAGGCAACUCACGUUGUUGCAGUGACUCUCACGCGGGAGGAGCGUUCUAGGAAAGCAGCGAUGUUCAAUGUGAAAGAUAGUGAGACUAUCUUAUCUUGUUCUGAGUAUGGUAAAGGCGUGAUUUCUACUAGUUGGGGGCUGUUCCGGGGUCCGAUUUCCCGAAGAAAAAUACAUUUGACAUGAUCACAAUCGAGAAGAAGAACAGUUCCUAGUCAAGUCUAAACUUGAAACACAAAGGGAGUUAGCGUGAGCCUUCAUAUGGCUUUGAUCCUGCAAGGGAUCGAAGACCUGAACUAAGGAAGGAAUGAAAACGCGCUCUGCAAGUCGUUCCGACUGAAUGAACAGCAAGAAUGAAAAUGGAAAUGCAAGGGUGAAGAUCUCUCCUUCGGAAAGAAUGCAGGACUGUAAAAUUUAAAUUGACGAUCAACGGCGUGUGAGAAUAGGUGACGGCUUCAGCAGUGUGUCCGUGAGAAAGCGAGCUUCAAUUUUGGCACUUCGUGCUACUGCAUGAACUGAAGAUGGAUCUUUCUGCGUAAACGACGAUGGAUGUUUGUGCAAGGCUGUGAACAAGUUAGGAAACUGCGUUUCUACAUUUUUCCGAGCUUUCAGCUUCAUCAUACCCGUGAUUACUGAAUAUCAAGUAAGGACGAAUCAGCAAAUCUUAUCAUCUUCCAAUCUUUAUCAACCCCAGGGAGAGUCUGACUACGGAAAAGUCCUUAUUCUAAGGCAACCACGAACGAUCUCCGAUCGUGCUAAUCAAGUUUGUAAAAAUCUUUGUUGAGAUAUCAUCUCUUCAAACUACAAGAUGGGUGGAAAAUCCGGACAAUACGGUGACGGCAAACCCAGCCGGUCUUCCUCGAAGACGGUUCGGAAAUCCGACGACCACAAGGAUAAUGCCCAAUGGCAUGCCCGCAACCACAGUCAAGGGAAAGGAGACGGGUCGUUGUAUAAGGAGAGACGACAAGACCGUGAGAACCAGCGAAGCGAGUCUCACGGAAAGAACAGGAGCACUUCGAGCUCCUACAACGAGCCGCAUCGUGGCCGAGACCGCGGCUACAACCAGUCGUAUCGCUCCGGCAGCGGUUCGAACUACCCGACAUCCGGAGGUACUACGUACCCGCCAGAUGAGCGAGCAGCGCUCUUGGCUCAACCCGGAGCGAUGGGAGAUGACGGCAGCGGCCCUGAUCCAUAUAUCCAUGGAUAUUCGCGAGAUCAGUGGAAACGCUGGAACCGCGAAAAGGCGGACAAGUGUAAAGCCGUCACUACAGCGGCACAACCACAGGGUCCACCGACUCUGGAAGCACCACCUCCGGCUGUUGCUCCCGCAGCGGCGGAUGUGAUGAUGCUCGAUGAGCAAACGAAGGUCACGGCGGCGGUGGAGAUGGAAGGUAUUUCCCCGAAGUACGUACCGCAAACGAUGGACCCGAAUGUGGAGGAUAAUACCGCAUGUCAGUGGGGAUGGAAGAACUCGCGUUCUGCGGAGGAAAUGGACCAGGAUGAUGAUUUCUUCCUGAGUCCGGCCAGAGACGAAGAACGCGCGAAGGUGGCGAUUCGACCAGAAAACCUCAAAGUCGUCUAUGUGGACAAUACUGUCCUCAACAACAUCUUCAAUCAGGAGUUGCAAGUUUCGCUGCAUCCACAUUUCGCGCAGAAGACCUGGCGCCGUGCCAGUGCAACGAAGAUUCGCGAAAGUUUCGUGAAAGGUGAGCUACUAGUCUUCUUCGAAGAAGGUCGGCUGACUGAUGAAGAAUUCAAGAAGUUACCGCUCACGCCGGCGCUACCAGGAGUGGAUCCGGAUGAUUCCACGCCGCAGAUGCUUAAUCAACUUUUCCAAGUUGGUUAUUGCAAAACCGUACUUCAAGUUGGAUUUUAGAAUGAUAGUCAAUACAAGUUUUACAAGCUCUGCUCCGUGGAGUUUCUGGUGUAAUGAUAGUUGGAAUCGAAACGGCACAAGACGCGAAAAUGAAACAUUUAGAAGUACAAAAUUUUCUUCCGGAAAAAAGAACUACCAUGACCUAUUGAUCCUAAGGAGUCAUGUUUUCACUGAACCUUACAGGCGGCGCUUGACAAGAACCUAGCGACCUACUUGGCGGACGACAGUUUGACUGAUACUCUGUUGGGUCAAUUCUUGGCCCUGGGACCGGGUAAGCCGCAACUUCAAGUAACGGCUCCGAGCGCAAUGAGCACGUUAGUGGAGCACAGGUCCAAUGAGUCCCUCACGGACCUGCUGUGGCAGUGCUACAAUGCGGGAGCUAAAGCGGAUCUCCUUUUUGCGCUAGCCAUGAGCGAGUUGGGGAUGCGGUUCCCUGGACUGGUUUCACUCGACCAGAUCUACGAUGUGGUGUAUUCGGACUCUACGAUCCGUGAGCAGAUUUACGGCGGACCAUACAAGCAGGUGACUACGUACUACCAGAAGAUUUGUGAAGUGCGGGAACUGCGUAAGGUUCAAGGGUCGAAGAACCCUAUGGCAGCACUAACCAAGGCAGAUAAGAAGGCGCUACACCGGUUGCAGGGAUUGAAAGGCGAAAAUCGCACCGCGAUUUUGCAAUCGUUGCUCGAUGAAGACGAGCUGAGCCUGGUACUACCAGUGCAGCGCCAACACCAGAUGAAAGCCGAGGUCUCGAAUAAAUCAACACCGGGCGCUUCCAGCUCCGGAACCCAAAUGAAUUCGGCAGCCACGACCUCCACUACAGUGGUGCCUAUGGCAACGGAAGUCCAGACGACGCGUUUGGUUUUGCCAGGUGUAGUCUCCGCUACGUCGAAAGCCACUCCGGCCGUCGGUCCGCAUCCCGCAAGCUUCGCAGGAGGUUUUGCGCGCUUUGUUUUAGAUCAUCCAAGUACUAAUCCUGAUAACAAUUUUGGACCUACAUCUUCUGCAGUAAAACGUUGUUCAUCACCUGAACCAGUUGAACGGACUUCGUCUGCAUCUGUGGAUACUCUUUGCAAUAGUCGAUUACCAUUUUUCUCACCAAUUUCGCAAUCGGUUUCCAGCCGAGAAACCAUAUUCACAUCGCCGAAGUCACGCAAAUCCAUCCAACUUUCAGUUGCUGAGGAGGACGAGAAGCAGGCGGCUGAAGAAAACAAGGAUACUGUUGCGGCUGCGUCAUCCGACGGACGAUCAGUCGGUGGCGUUGGUGGACCAUGUGGAUCUGGACGCUCGACCUCAGGAGGAAGAAGGGGACACUGUGUUGUCUGGACGCGAAUCAACAAUGAGUCGCUCGGCGCCGCAAGUUCAAAACGUUUUCACCGAGGAUGUGCGACGCUUAUCCGAUUCUGCGCUUACAGCACAGAUUCGUCUCAUGGAGCUCAGCCAAGAGUUGGCACGGCGUAAACUACAAGCCACGAGCUCAAGUUCAACGGUGCGUGCAACUGCUCCCGCAGCUAGCUCCUCUCCAAGCGUUCCGGCAGCCGCUACCAGUUCUAUGAAUUUGAGUGGAAGCUAAAGGGUGUGCACCUUCGUGGUGAUGUCAGACGGGACGAGAAGACUUAUUGUUUUAGGCACUGCAUUCGGCAGGCUCAUAACAACGUUUGAGAAGGGCAUAGAUGGCAGUUUAUCGCUGAGUCUUUGCAACCCUGUCUGAGAACGAACUUCCCCAUCCCAUGCCUUAUCUUUGUUACGUUAGCAGUUUUUUCUAGACCGUGAAAUGAAUCAAGGAGGAGAAGGGAAGAAACACAUAGGGCCAAUCGAGGUUCUGCGCCGAUGGUGCGAAAUUGAAGCUGAAGCUGAAAGAGUGAGGUGUUCAACUAAGAAUGAACUAUCAUCGAUGGAUUCAUGUUAAUCGGUAUGCUGUUGCUUCGCCAGCAUGGUGUUUUAUGGACAGCACAGUAGCGAGGCGGGUGCUGACACUUCAUCGCGAUGGUGGGGCGAUGUUGAACACCGAACAAGAAAGUAGAGCAAGCCGCUGGUUGUUCCCUUGUCGUAGGGCUUCCGGAAAUGUUUGCCAUGGUUGUAAAGCUUGGCGCUGCCUCUUGUAGGUUGCUGAGUUUAUGCAUCUAGGGUGUUAUACUGGAUUUCUGGAUGAUGCCUUGUUGUAGGUCUUCCAGGCGGUUCUGUUCGGUUCUAGCUGGUGUGAGUUCAAUGAGAGUAGGUUUAGGAUUUUUUCUUUUGUCUUUGUGGACACAACGAAGAGCGAAAGAGAGGAGGUUAGAACGGUAGAUGGUUUUUUCCGUCAUUUAGGGCAAUAGGCCGAGGCCAGCGAAUGGAAAGCUGCGAUCCUCGUUGAUCAUGAUCGUUUCUUUUUACGGUAGGACUAGUUGUGAUUUCUCCAUCUAGGGCCCUAGGCCAAUGCGGUGCUUCAGUUUUUUCGACUGGACGACAAAUAGUACAUGUUACAUCUGCUUAUUCUUUGCGGUUUCUGUUUCAUCCCAAAAUACACCACCCUAGGAGAGAGAGGUUAGAAAGCGAUAGCGGGUGGUUCCCACAACUACAGGAUGACUACUCUGACUGCUCCUCCUCGUGCGACCGCUGUAUGCGGUUACGGUUUAUCGACCUUCUUGGUCGCCUCUGCCUUCCUAUCGGGGUUGGUAAGCGUAAGCAACAUGUCGCGGACACCCGUGCCGGUUUCAUCGCCACCACCACCACCGCCACCUCCUGGAGCUCACCAUCACCCUGGAGACAAGUGCGACGACUGGGAUUCGGAUUACGGCUGGUUUGCGUUAGCCCGGUCCGGUUUCCUCGACGCGGUUUCCGUGGCACUGAGUUACCUCAGUUUGCUACUCGCUCUUGCAGUGAUGGCCUAUGAGAUGUACAGUCACUACCAAGGCAUCACCGAGAAGGACCCUUCGGCUCCAGUCCCGGUUUCGGUUUCGGGUCAGGAUUCCAAAAGAGCGCCUUUCUUGGCUUCUUCCUUUUUAGGCUCUGGCUCCUUUGACAAAGCGCUCCAGCCGUGGGAGCAGAGUGCAUUCUGUGAAUCUGCUGCGAACGAAGGUACUAGCAGGUUGCGCAAGACAGUAGAAGACAAUUUAGACCUUGCGGGUUUUAGAAUUGUUCGUUGUUGUCCAGUGGUAGAUACAGUGACGCGCUCCAGUGGUAUAGGACUUUGUAUUGAAAAGAUGGGGGCGAAUUUUCCCACGAACACACUUGAGAGAUAUACGGUAGCAUUUGACAUUCACACUUACCUUGAUAGCGUCAAGUUUGAGGGUGUAAAGAGUGUAUUAGCUAGACCGGUUGCAGGAAGGUUGUAUGAAGCGGCGCUAAUGACAGUUGACAACUCCAAGUCCCAAGACGGGGGCGUGCUUUCUAAAAUGCACGCCUCAGCGGUGAGGUUGGAAACAAAGUCUAUUGCAGAUUCUCUGGCAUCCAGGCAGGCAUUGGAUCGAUUGCGGCUGGAACGCCUUCAGUCGCCGACUCAUGGCUGGCAAGCAGUCGUGAAUGGGGCACACAAAUCCGGCGAUAACGUCGCGGAUUCUGUGGUGGAGUCAGUUGAGGCAGAAGCGCGGAGGUAUCCGAAUUUAUCUCGGGACUUCCUCUGUGCUGCCUGCUUGAUGGUAUUUCGGGAGCAAUUCACCAAACAAACAAUGCGGCCUUCGGCCUAUUGUGGUGCAGGAAGAGUUGGAAGCUCAGCUCUAUCGGUUGCAGCCGUCUGGGACUACGGGAGUGGAAGUAGGAGUAUAUUGCCAGAAGUUUCGAAAUAAGUUCCAAGAGCUAAUGAGCGAGCGAGCCACGCAGCACUCUGGUCAAGUUUUCACGACGAGAGACAGAGUGGGGACAUCGCAAGAACUAAAGCGGUUUGUAAGAGGUCUACUCCGAUCUCUCCCGUUUGAUUAUACCGAUUCAUUCGAGGAGAGUCUCAUCAACCAGGGAGGUGUGGAGAAUGCCACCAUCGAUAUGGUGGUCGAAUAUUGUGUAGCUCGGGCUGACGUCAAGGCUACAUACUAUGAGUCACGGCGCUAUGACUAUAAUAUCAAUCGACAUGCGAGGAAGCCUCUCCAGCAAAUGCAGAUAAGCUCUGAGGAGAGUCCUCCGGACAAUCCUAUGAAUGCUGCAGGGUUUUACCCGAAAGAAGAUCGUAGUGCGCAAUUUAUCACUUGUGAUCCGGUGGAGGAGCACACCGAUAAGGGAGGCAAGAAGUGGCUUUUAUGUGGUGAUCCGAAUCACAUGAGAGGGAUGCACUAUGCCUGUGUGGCCCAUGUAGAUUGGACAAAGGAGCCCCGGGUGUGCAGCUUUCCCGCAUGUAAUGGUCGUCGACAUCCUGUCGAUCGUUCUGGUCAACUCUGCUGCCCAAACUUAUUAGCAAGGCAAGCAGGCCGGGUCCUGAAACGAGGACCAAAGACGCGAGUAGUGUAUUGUGAUGUCCUUGUGGAUGAGAAAGGAAGGCCGCAUCACCCUAGUUUUUCGAAGCCGCAGUUUCAAGCAGGGCUCGCCGCCGAGCUAGCCGAGGUAAAAGCAAGUGGCGCGGAUCCUUUGUGUAAAUUUGUUUCGCCUACGGAAGCACAACAAUUUCACCCGCCGCCGUGGGUAAAGUCGAAGAAGCUCAAUCCAAAUCGUGGAGUACAAAAGCCAAGUGACAAGAUGCGGAAAGGCACCGGGAAAGGUGUGAAAGGGACAGGCAAGGGCAAAGGUUCUGGAAAAGGUGGGCGACUGAAUUCUAUGAGCAAUGAUUCAGGGGAUGACUUGUCUCUGCAGAAUCAAUGAGCAUGAGACUGGUCCCUCGAUCGAUGCAUCGCUCUGGAAUGAUGUCCAAUUAACUGCAACGGUAGGGAAUCGAAUGGAAGUGCCGGAACCAUCUUGGGCUGGCGACUCGGUGAGGGAUUUUGUGUGGAUAUGGAGCCAACUAUUUGUUAUUUUGUGGAUGGUGUGCAAAGUAUUGGAGCAGGGGGUUUGCUAUCUGAGAGGCACGCCAACGGCGUUGCCUCGACUGAUAUCAAGGGCCCAGUUACGCUUCCAGCGUGACCACGGUAUUGUUUCAAUGAUGAAUUCAGCGUGGGAGGCAACAAAGCAAGAAGCCAAGCGACCACGCCGAGCGCCAGUGUAUAUCGCUGGGUUUCUCGGCCGGGACAUGCCAGUACCCCUAUACUUGGAUCCGGGGGCGUGGUUGGGCUACGACGUGAUUGACAAGUCAAGCUACGAGAGGCUGCGUGGUAAGAGAGAGCUCGAAGCGGUGGCCUCGCCACCAUUUAGCUGCAAGCCGGUGGAAAUCUCUUUUGGAAGAAAAAAGUUUUCGCAUACCGCAAAUCGAGAGUGUGUGUUAUGUUUUAAGAUUGCUACGCGAUCUGGAAAAUAUCUGGACCUUAAGCGGAAGUUUCUGAUUGUGGACGGAUUAAACACCCCGGGAUGUAUCAUUGCAGGCGAUACAGCGGUAUACGAUUUGGGAAUUAAUUGCAACCCACUUAGCAAAGGGAAUAAAUGGGUUGAGCUCCUUGGAGAAGAGGUCCCCACUGUAGAGUUCAAUACUUCCACCAACAAACCGACUAUCAAUGCGAUGACGCGCCUGGCGUACGUAGCGGCUUUCGCCUCCAUUACAGCAACUCUUCGCUGUCCGCCGAUUAAUCAUCCGAAUACGAUGGCCGUGGUGCAGCCAAGUUUGAAAGCUGCAAGAGAUGGAAUUUCGUUCCUUCCAGUUUUAUUCGAGGCCUCUGAUACUGAAGAAACCGAGCACGUGGUGGAAAUUUUUAAUCAUAGACCGAAGGCGCGGAGUGUCGCGCUGACGCGAGAGCAUGUCAAAAUCCAGCCGUUGGAACCAGUAACAAAAGAAACCCUGGUGAGUAACAGUAUGACUGUAGCUCAAACCCCUGGAGGUUUUACGCCACAGCCAGGGGGCGAGGGUGUUAUACAUAGGGAUACUCAACACCCUCAAUCGCAGGACAACCCAGCUUCUCCGAAAAUUUCUUCAAAAAUUCAAAAUAACCGCUGGGAUCCGUUCAGCGGGUGGAAAUCGUGUAUGACCUUUGCGGCCCUGAUCACCGAUCUGGGUCUGUGGGAUAUCGUGGGCAAGCAUGGAUUGCUCGCUGGGGGCGAGCCCUCCUUGAUGAAAGUAAAUAGCACGGACUAUGAUCCUGGCAUGGCAGCACUGGGCAGCCGAGUAUGCGCAGAUGUGUGGCGUCUCGGGGGAACCUUUGCGGAUGAGUCCUCUGAAAUUUCGGAUUGGGACCGCGAAGUGCAUAACUUUGUGGAUCCGCCGGUGGACCUCCCUAAUGUAAGAUGGGAAUGGUGCAAGUGGAUGAAAAGUCAGCAGCGAGAAGCUGGCACAAGGGAGCUUCGAGGGACGGCAGCCGCAGCCGCGACGAAUAAAACGCAUGUCUUCUCUGAAGAACUUCCUGAAGCAAGGGAUACUGCCCACAUGGGAGCCCUGUUCCAGGAGUGGGAGAGCGUGUGUCAGAUCCAGGGUAUAGUGAAUAUGGCAAAGUAUAAGAAUAAGUCCAAGCCAAAGAAUUUCGAGGACCUUGAGAAGGAAGUUGACGACCGAACGGCAAAACGGGCGAGGAAUCAAAAGUGGCAGGUGCCAAGCGAAGAAUGGUCUGCGAAUGUGAUGAAAGUGUUUUCGGCACAGUUACAGGGUUACGGCCAUCUCUCGCAGGAUCAGAGGGAUAAGCUUCUGAUGGUGAUUCGGGAUAAUGCGCACUAUUUCUACGAUGAAGGAUGUCCCUUCCCUAGUCUGAAGACUGUGUGCCAUUUCGACUACAAUCCGAAUCGAGUGACCCAUCGAAGCCUGCCGCAUCCGUUGCAGUUGAGUGCGUAUGGGAAGCGGUGUCUGGAUUUCCUGUUUCAAACGCAGCUGGAUGACGGCUUGUUUGAAAAGUGGGAUGGGACUGACAGCACGCGACCAAUUUUCUGCAGUCCUGCUUUUUUGGCUCCACGGAAGAACUCGGUUAUCGGCCGGAUCGUGGUGGACUAUCGUAAGUGUAACGAAGCGCUAACUCCGAUAGCGCUUCCGGCACCGAAUCAGGAGAAGAUUUUCCAUAAUCUGAAAGGGAAAAAGCUAUAUUUCGGAUCGGAUUUGUCGCUGGCAUAUAACCUAGCAAAGCUAGACAAGCAAACGCAGCGACUUUUGGCGGUUGUGACGCAUGCUGGGGUAUAUUUGCCCACACGUCUGACGUUAGGACCGAGUCCGGCCCCGGGUUGGUUUCAGGCUCAGACUGAGGCUGCGUUCGGACACUUAAGCGAAGUGUUCAUCGAUGAUAUCGGGUUCGGUGAGGAUGACUUAGACGUGUUCAUCCAUCGGAUGAUUGGCGUCUUUGAAGCCUGUGAAUCCAGUGGAGCACGAUUGUCGUUAACCAAGACGCUCAUUGGUGCCGACAAAAUCGAAGCUCUAGGUCAUAUUGUCGAUGAACAGGGAAUGCACCCGAGUCCGGCGAAAUUGUUUCAGAUUGAAAGUUGGCCGCUACCGACGAACCGGGAGGACUUGGUCUCGUUUGUGCAUGUCGUGCGCUAUCUGCAGUGUUAUACCAGCGAGUUGCAGAAUGUGGCUGCGCCACUAAAGGACUAUGAGUUAAAGAAGCGGCCGUUCGCCGAGUUUCACUCGGACGAAGCGGCGGUCGCAGCCUUUGAGGCGUUGAAGAAAGUCGUCUCAAGGAAUGCGGUGUUGAUCAAGCCCGACUAUGACGCGGCGAAUACUUGGCGAAGACCGUUUGAAGUAUUCACCGAUGCAAGUCAGCAUCGGUUUGCUUGGGCAAUCUGUCAACGAACGGCAACGGGACAACUCCGGGUAUGGAAAUGUUCGACCCAUUCGUUUGAUAAAACGCAAAAGCAAUGGUCAACACUGGAGCGCGAGCUUUAUGCUAUAGUGGACUUUGUUAAGCAUGGGUAUAACCUCGUGAAGGGGAGCAAAUGGGUGAUGUACACGGAUCAUCAGAAUCUAGGAACGAAAGAGUUAGACAACCUUUGUGCGAACAAGACCACCGGCGGGAAGCUGCUAAGGUGGUUUUAUCUGAUUGCCCGCCCUUUGUCCACCGGAAAAAGGGUAUAUCUAAAGGGCGAGGCAAAUGUGGUAGCGGAUGCCCUUUCCCGUCUGAAGGAUGGGGAUGACGUGAGUGAGGACCUGCAAGAGUUAGAUGACCUAGCUGUCAUGCUUCCUCGUAUCCGAUCACUGGUGCAGUUCAUCUUCUGUAAUCCCGAGCAGUUGGAUGAAAUGAUGGCUGAACGCAAAAGAGUCCUUGCGGUGGAUAACUUCCUACCGCCAAUUCACCCCAGUGAAUUGAUGGAUGAUCCCCACGAUCACUUGCCGUGUGCAUUGGCAUCGGGCUGGGCCAUUGGCGGUGAUGUUGGGGCCAGUGAACUGCAGGUAGGAAAGAAAGUGGAAGCGUUGAACCAACUAAAUAGGGCGGGACCUUUAGGAGGUGUUACUUUGGAUGAAAGUACGUUCGAUAGUUGUGAGUUUCGUCAGGAUGGAGGCGCGUUUCACGUGUUUCGAUCCAGUGAAGGCGAAGAGUUGACCUGUAACCCCUGUAAUGCGGGGCUGCCGUCUGCUUCAGAGGAGGAGGACGCGCCGAAUCUGGUAGCAGAUGUAGGCAUGGAGGGGGAGGAGGUUAAGCGUCGAGUAUAUGCCGUGGUGAUUACGCACCUGGGUCGUGUGUUGGCCGCUGAUGUAGAUGAGUUUGGCAUUGGAGGGCAGUUCAUUCUUCGAUUGCCUGGCGGGCCAGUAAGCGACGGUGAGAGUGUAAUAUCAGCCAUGCAGCGGUAUUUGACGCAGCAAGUACAUAACGGGUCUGCGUUAGCGGCGCAACUCCCUACGUGUCCAAGUUUGAGUGACGCGGGGAUCCAUUGGGUUUUGCUGCGGGUAACUUCAAUUGAUGAUCUCAAGUGGAAAGAGGGGCUACUCACCGCGGAUAAUCGUCCGCGGCUCCUGUCUUGGGAGAGGUUCCUGGAGUACCUUGGGGGGCCGUCGCGAGCCAAUAAACGGCUUCGAAUUUGCAUGAAGCAUAUGAGGUCACAGCUUCGGCCUGCUGCUGUGGCAGAACGAUAUCGAGGGAUUUUCCUCCCGCGACGGUUGUAUCGUCGCCAUGAGCCGCGGCAGGAUAAUAUUGUGGUGCAUGGUACUAUUGACGGACGCCCGGUGGAUAGAGAAUUCUUUCGAAUCUCGGGCAAUGCCACCUUUACCCAUGCAUAUGAUACGUCCUGGAAAAGGUUGAAGGAGCUUUUCGCAGAAGCAGAAACGCUAGCUGCGAGACGAGCGGGAGAGGUCCAGGGGAAUGAGACGAGUAAGGGGCACCGUGAGUUCUUUCAUGUGUUUAAGAAGCCAGAGAGGUCUGCCAUUACUCAGAAUAUCUCACAAGAUUUGUUUACGGUUUCCGCUUCGUGGGGCCCUCAGUCUUGUUUUUUGGAUGAUCCUCCCUGUGAGAAUUAUACCGAAGUUCGGCGAUGCUAUGUUGGGAGAGUGCCAGCAAUACUUUGCAAAUGUCAAUGCGGGCAGGGGACGCACUCCGGCGAAGCUCCUGACUUGACAGAGUUUGUCCCGGCGACAGAUCUCGCGACCCUCACGGCCGAGAUGCGGACGAAGUUUCUGGCCAACCCAGAUGGCGUUAAGGGAUUUCGUGUGUUGUUCCCUACGCUGCCAGUGGUGGAGCAGAAUUAUACCAUUGCCCGACGAGACAAUGUAAGUGAAGAUGGGAGUGUGGAUGUGCGAGCAGGUGAAGGACAGGUCGCGCGGGUAGCGCUAUGGAUGGCGGGAAAAGCCACGUCCUUACAGGCGGGGCCUCCUUCGGCUUUUCCUGCGUUACUAAGUGAGGAUGGUCAUUCCUUCACUGUGAAGGCAGGGUGGUCGUUAAGAGUUUGGAAGUUUGUGUUUUGUGGUGAGGAUUCGGCAAUUCCCGCACUGGUAUCUCUGCAGGGUGCUGGUAUUCGCAGUAGCCUGUACAGGGAUCAGGUGGAAUGCCGCGAGUGCGGACCUAUUUACUAUGCGUGUCUUGCGCGUAAUAAGGGACGGGACUUAGUACAGAUAGAGCUCGAUGUAGCUCGAAAAUGCAAGGAGCUUGCUAUCGGUCGAGCCGCAACAUCGCGGAUGCCGGAGCAUUGGAUCGACGGCGACACGAGACUCUUAAUGACUCGUUUUCGAGACCAUCCUGUUGUUUGUAUACCUUUAGGGGGGAAGCAACCAGCUGCGGUGGGAGGGAAAGCGGUUCCCUGGAGAAAAUAUUAUUUAAUCCUCGCGCAUAACUCUUUGUUGGGAACCGGUCAUGGCGGGCCGACCCUGACUUAUAAUCAUUUACUUGAUCGGAGCGUGUUUUGGCCGACGAUGUGGAGAGAUGUCCAAAAUCAUUGCAAGUCGUGCAUUUCGUGCACCAUUGCUGAGGCAACAAACACACGCAAUAAGGCCCCGCUAGGCCACGAGACGCAUUUGGGAUUCUUUCGAAUCUUGAACGUUGAUCAUGUGGGCCCGUUCAAAGUGGACCGGGGCUAUAGGUAUUUGCUCUCGGUAAGGGAUCACGCCACGCUGUUCAGCUGGUUUAUCCCGGUGAAGUCGAAGCUCACGCGAGAGGCUGCGGAAGCGCUGGUGGCGAAUGUAUUUUGUUUAACUGGUUACCCAGUGACUGUUCGAUCAGAUCGAGGAUUCGGCGAACAGGGCGACAAGAGUUUAGGCAAAUGGCUCCAGGUGUACGGGGUGCACCAUGCUCCAGUGAUGCCUUAUUCCCCGCAGGCGAAUUGGUUGGUUGAAGUGUUGCGCAAGCCAUUAAGGAAGUUGCUGAUGAAAUUUGCGGAGAAUUCAAAAUGGAUUGAGCUUGUUCCUUACUUGAAUUGGAUUGCGCGCACAACGCCUUACGAGGUGUUGAAUGGAAGAUCUGCGUAUGAGGUGGUCUUUGGCUGUAAACCACGACACGCGUUCUCGGAAACCCUCCGGACUGCGUUCGGCGGGAACGCUGGGACCGACCUUUACUUGCAAGAGGCGAACAAAUUUCGUCAGAAUAUAACAGAAGAAGCUGAACGUUUUAGAAACGAGAGGAGUAACAUUCGAUCGAUAGCGCAGACGACACUGCAGGGGCAGCAUCUGUGGACUCCUUUGGUUGUAGGAGACUUAGCGGUAGUGAAGAACAAUAAAGCAAGGAAGGAGUCGCUCGAUCCAAAGAACUAUCCAGCUUUGUUCAAAGUAAAAAAGGUCAGUGCGCGCUAUAUUAUUCUUACCGAUCUGCAUAAUCAGGACGCGACCGGUGCGGCGGCAGGAAAACUCCCUACGCAUCUGGUUACGCGAGCAGUUCCGUCUUCUCACGUUUCCCAGUUCUUGGGACAGCUUGACUAUAUUCCGUCGACGGCGGACAUGUUGGGCAAAACGAGGGAAGACUUCAUGACGGAGGACAAUGAUCAGAAGGAUGAGAUCUAGGGACGAUGGAAGUUCCGUUCUGAGGCCUUGGAAUCUUCGGACCAAGACCGUGCUUCUUCUGUUCUUGUCUGGGUGGGCUUACGCACAUCAAGAUAAACACUUGCUAGCAUUAUUUAACGAAGGACUUUGCUGCUAUGUCCAAACUCUGCGGGCUGGUUAUAUGUGGGUGAAGUGAGUCCGAUCGAUUCGGGAAGAGGCCGACUGUCUCUUGGCCUGUUCUAGCUCAGCAACAACAAAGUCUAUCAACCUAGUCAGGCUGGGGCACGGUGGUUUGCGAAUCAGGGAACGCUGGAUGGCUGGUGGCGUAAAGGAUUGAUCCCCCUUUACCCCGGCAUGCAGUGACUCGAGUUUAUAUGUUGUGAGCCGGAUUCACAUGAGACGUCGUCCUGGGGGCGUCUAUGGGAAUACUCGUAGUUACCGGACUCACUUUAGAGCAUAAGAUAGUCUCACUUUGUGCCAUUUCGAAGGGAAAUGGCUGCCAUGGAUCUAGACCCGCAAUGGGUUGUUGAUAGACCGCGCGACACCGUUGAAAAUGGGGCCAUAGAUGGAAACGGCUUGGAAGUAAGCGAGUUUCGCUCGCCGCUAUGGUUAUGUCUAGAUAGGCUUCGCCUAGCGACACCAUUAGGAUUGACUUAUGUCUGCGCAUUGGUCAUGGAAGUCUUUGAGAGCGUUGCGGAGGAUAUCCGAUCCUACGCCAGACGUGGCCUGCAGUUGGAUGUAGCAGCCGCGCCUUGCGGGUGCGAAUCUGUUGGAAUGUCAGAAGACAGGACCUUGCUGUCGCAGCGAGUAUAGCAAGGACGCUUGCUCUGGUGCGUGAUGGAAGGCAGUAACUGGGGUGGCAGUACAGGGAGCCUUACGGACUUGUCUGUCUGUUGACUGGCCAGGCUUCGAGUGCUCUUCGAGCACUAGCCUCAUGUGGGUUAGGUGUCUAGCGUUAGCACAAUGACACAGUAUCAUCCUUCCUUCGGUUGGAUCUUGGUAUAGUUUGCAUGAUGUGAUGCUUUUCAGGUGUUGCAUUAUGUGACCGGACAGCACAUUCACGAGGUGGGUGCUGACGCGGUGCUGCGAAGGAGGGGCAGCACCGACCUGGCCCGAGGUGUCCAACGGGUACGUCCAUCCGCUGCGCGGGUGGACGGAUGGAGGAUCUGCGAUCUCUCCUUGACUAUCUUGACUUCAAUGCACUACAUAACGAGAUCAUGGCAUUCGCCUGGUGUAAGUAGACUGUGCAGGAACUGGUGACAAGUCAGAUGCUUCUGGUGAUGGAGCUGCAAGGCAACUCACGUUGUUGCAGUGACUCUCACGCGGGAGGAGCGUUCUAGGAUAGCAGCGAUGUUCAAUGUGAAAGAUAGUGAGACUAUCUUAUCUUGUUCUGAGUAUGGUAAAGGCGUGACUUCUACUAGAAGAUCAAUCUGAGACACUCUACUUCGCUGGUGCACAACCGGUGCCCACUAACUACAGCAGCAACACGACAAUCAAGGUCUCCAACAAGAAGAAGAUUCUCGCCAGCAAGCACCAGCCUCAUCAUCAUGGCCAUCACCUCGAACAUCAUGAUGACCUCGACUUUCUGGUACGUCUCAAUGACAAAACUUUGCCGAAGGAUUGCUCUUUCUCAGAAGGUCGACACAGGUUGGUCCAAAUUGACCUAGACCCAGGACAUUAUGACGAUGGUGCCCAAGAGGAUAAGCGGACACCGCGUUCGCCUGAGGACGUUUUGGAGUUGUUGGAGACACCAGACCAACAUCAGAACAAGAUAAACGCUACUCAUGUGCUGUCUACAACAACUCACAUCAAGUUUACCGAAGAAGAUCGACGACAAAUUCUUGCUCUCCGCCAAGAAUAUCGUGUCGCCAGACGUGCAGCAAGGGAAGCCAUCGAGACACUAGCUCGGAUUCCAGGAGAACUAGCACGAUUUGGAUUGUUUCCACCAAGGUUUGAAGAGGACCAUCAAACUACAAAGGCCUCCGAUAACUUCUGCAAAGCAGAAACAGGCACACAGGCAACAAGUCCUACAGAAACGCGUUCGGUGUUGGUUCGCCCUGUCGAUUGCUGGAUGGAAGAUUUCAGGGCCAAGCUACACCAUAGUCUAAAAGGGUUUAAGAAUACCACUUAUUCGGGAAUGAAUAACAUGGUAGAGGAAGCGGAAAACAAGAACAAAUUGAUGAACAAAUCUUCUUCUACCACGCAGGACAAGAUGAAGGACUACAAGGUAGUACUAGAAGAAGAAGAGAAGCAUGAUGAGGGUGAGCAACUAGUACAAACGAGAUCACCUCAACCUCUACUAGGCAAAGAACAUCAAGUAGAGGGAGUAGAAAGCGUUGUACAAGAAGGUGGCAGUUCGAACGUCUCACAAGUACCAUCGGAAUUCAGUUCCGGACGACGACCCUGAUAACCAUGGGCAGACUUCUCUCUGUGUAACGAAGUAGGUAGACAAAUUUUCCUAGUAGAUCGAUGAUAAUGAUAAUGUUAUUCAUGUUGAGUCAUUCAUCUUGCAGAUUUUCUUAUACUAUACAUAGAUACACAACAACAUUCAUACUGAUUUUGAUUUUCCUGUAUAGAAAUCGGCUGGUGGUGAAUACAGCUAACAACAGUGACAAAAACGUACAGAAUGAUUGGUGGGUGUGGGAAUAUGAAACUGACAUGUUGAUGUUGUUGAAAAAACAAGACAUGAAGAAAUACUUGAUGCUGGUCAUACUGCUACAUGUACAAAUGUAAACUGUUAUUGUAUAGACAAGAAGCAUUAGCAUAUCGGCAUAAAGUCUUCCACCAUAGAAAGAUUGAAAGAGAAUCACAACAUGCAUUGGGGUCGAAGCUCAUGCGACGAAUUACACAUUAGCGGCUGCAGGUCAUUUGUACAAAAAGUAAUUCGUCCUGGUCUAUCUAAAACUACAGGAGGGUAUCUAGAGAUCAUCAUUUCGAUGUCCGUAUACUAGUUGCGUCUUCAAUAUCUUCCCUUUAAUAAAAAAGUGUAUCAUGUGGAACACAUCUGAUAGUUUUGGUAUCGUCAAAGUCAAUAACCACUAAGUUUACAGUCUUCGAAUAUUUACAACCAUGCAUAGUUUUUAUGUUAAGUCUUUUUCGCUCUGAUUUCAUUUGUUUCGAUUCUGGCUUCGAAUCUCAAAAAUGCAAUCACAACUGAACCAUUGAUCGUCGUCAGGAGGAACACGUCUAC